AUGAGCAUCCCGUCGACCCCAUCAAAUUGCCACCCACGUUUCUUUACCCACUCAGUCCGUCUCACAAAUCUCCUUUCACAACAAAUCCAACUUCGUGACUAUCAAGAAGAAUGCAUUCAAUCCGUUCUCGCAGCCAUCAACCAAGGUCAUAAGCGGUUGGGGGUUUCUUUGGCCACGGGUUCCGGCAAAACCGUCAUCUUCAUUCAUCUCAUCGACCGCGUUGCGCCUCGCUCCGAAAAUGCCACGCAAACCCUCAUCAUUGCCCACCGCCGAGAACUAGUCGAGCAAGCCGCCCGCCACUGCGCCAACACCUACCCGAACAAGACCGUUGAGGUCGAGAUGGGCAACGUCAAAGCCUCCGGCAUCGCCGACAUCACCGUCGCCAGCCUGCAAUCCAUCAUCUCGGGCGAGCGCCUGCUCAAGUUCGAUCCAUCCCGCUUCAAGCUCAUCCUCGUCGAUGAAGCCCACCACAUCGUCGCCCCCGGCUACCUGCGCACCCUCGAGCACUUUGGUCUUCGGUACAAGCAGGAGGACUCGCCGCAUCUGGUCGGCGUCUCAGCCACUUUCUCCCGCGCCGACGGCGUCAGGCUAGGAACAGCCAUCGACGAAAUUGUCUACCACAAGGACUACGUCGACAUGAUUGGCGACAAGUGGUUAUCCGACGUCGUUUUCACCACGGUCGACUCGUCGGUAGACCUACGCAACGUCAAGAAGGGCGCUGGAGGAGACUUUGACAUAGCCCAGCUUUCCAACGCUGUCAACUCUGCAGAGACCAACGACAUCGCCGUGCGCACUUGGUACGCCAAGGCAGGGAACCGCAAGUCUACGCUGGUGUUUUGUGUUGAUCUUGCUCAUGUGGAGGACAUGACGGCCACUUUCCGGCGGUACGGGUACGACGCGCGGUCCGUUGCGGGCGACACGCCCGUCAAGGAGCGGGCGCAGAUUUUGGAUGCGUUCAAGAAAUUCGAGUUCCCUGUGCUGGUGAACUGUGGUGUGUUCACCGAGGGGACGGAUAUCCCGAAUAUCGACUGUAUCUUGAUGGCGCGGCCGACGCGGUCGAAGAAUCUGCUGAUUCAGAUGAUUGGACGCGGCAUGAGGUUGUACCCGGGCAAGGAGAACUGUCACAUCAUCGAUAUGGUGUCAAGUUUGGAGACGGGUAUCGUGACGACGCCGACAUUGUUUGGGCUUGACCCGGGUCUGCUGGUAGAGGGCGCGUCAGUCGAGGAUAUGAAGGAGAAGGGAGAGCGCAGGGCCGAUGAGGUAGCGAAAAAGGAAAUCGUUCAUUACUCGGCUGGACAAACGACUGCCGCGUCACAAGGGGAGUGGGCUGUGACAUUCACCGAGUACGCGUCUGUGUUUGACUUGAUUGCCGACUCGUCGGGUGAGAGACACAUCCGCUCGAUUAGCCAGUACUCCUGGGUGAUGGUCGGACAGGACAAGUACGUGAUAAGCGGCCCAGACGGUUCCCACAUCAAGCUGGGGAAGGUUGCGCCCGAGGCAGACGUACAAGGCGUACCACUAUGGGUAGCCCACGAAGUGAGCACGCUGCCUGCCGCUUUGGGAUCCAAAUCGCCUUAUAUGCCGCCACGCGAGAUUUUAAAGGCCGAGACGUUUGCCGAUGCCGUCCAUGGUGCCGACAGCUUUCUUGGGUCCAAGGCGGGCUCAGCAAAGUACCCUAGGAAUUUCAUUCACAGGAACAUGAAAUGGCGCGACGAUCCCGCGACCGAGGGGCAGAUCAAGUUCAUCAACAAGACGAUUCGGCGCGGGCAAGAGCCGGUCGGACCUGAAGACGUGACGAGAGGAGCGGCCUCGGAUAUGAUCACCAAGCUCAAGCAUGGUGCGCGUGGCAGGUUCAAUGACUUGUCGGCGAUCAAUAAGCGGAAGAAAAAGCAGAUCUUGUUGCUCGAGAAGGACAGGGGAAUGCGCGAGACGGUGUCUGUUGGGUCUGUUGCGGCUAUGGCACUCUAG